AUGGCGGCGUUCGCGCGGCGCAAGGCGCAGCGGCUCGCGCGGCCCGACUGCAGCAGGAAGCGCGCGCUGGACGCGCGAGCCGCGGAGCUCGCCCGGCUCCUGAACGCGCGCGAGCGCUUCUGCACCACGAGCUCGUGCGACGGCAGGGUGACCGUGACGGACACAGAUGGCACGGGGAUCCAGAAGAAGAACUGCACGUGGCUCCUGGUCACGCAUGAGCCGUGUGUCAAAGGCGAUGUGAUGACAGCACUCAAGAAAGCCACUGGUGAUGUUGUGUUCAAGUUUGAACCAUUUGUUCUUCAUGUGCUGUGUCGGGAUCUGCAGGAUGCGCAGCUGCUGCAUUCGGUGGCUAUUGACUCUGGGUUCAGGAACUCUGGUAUUACAGUUGGCAGAGGAGGAAAAAUUACAAUGGCUGUGCGGAGCACUCACUGCUUAGAAGUUCCAUUGAGCCAUAAAGGGAGAUUGAUGGUCUCUGAAGAAUAUAUUGAAUUUCUGGUAGAUGUAGCCAAUCAGAAAAUGGAAGAAAACAUAAGGAGGAUUGACAGAUUCCACAAAGGCUUGGAGCUGGCUCUGGAAGCUGCUGUUCCUGCAGACACCUUGUUUCCCGAGGGGCCAGAAAAGAGCCACUCUGUGUACGUGCGUAGAAGAAAGAGACGGGCUGCUCAGGAACAGGCUGAUCCCAGCAGAGAGCUGGAACCCGAGGAUGAUACUGAAAGCAGUCUUGGUCUGUUUGCUGAAAUCAUGAUAUAGACCAAGACAUUUGAAAGCAAAUGGCAAACUGAAAAAGUUA